AUGGAGAGAGCGUGGAAGCCAAAUGUUGAGAUGUCACCGAACUGUCCACGCUGUGGAUCUUCCAACACCAAGUUUUGCUACUACAACAAUUACAGCCUCACUCAGCCCAGGUACUUCUGCAAAGGUUGCCGGAGGUACUGGACCAAGGGCGGCUCUCUCCGGAACGUCCCCGUCGGCGGCGGCUGCCGGAAAAACAGGCGGGGCAAGUCCAUACGGAUGUCCUCCGGUGCUACUACUUCAUCGGCUUACCUUGCUGCCGCCAGCAACCCUUUUGGGAGUGGAUUGUCCAUAGGUACUAUGUUGAAAGACGGCAAUAGUUCCUUGGCUGAUCUGACUAGCUCGUCUAAUGGCGGGUCGCAUAUCGAUCUCGCGCUCGUCUAUGCGAAUUACUUGAGUCAGAAGCCUGAACCGGCACAUGAAGAGUUGGCCGGGGGUGAAUCUGAUCACCACGACAGCCAGCCUCUGGCAAACGUACGGCAAGUUCAUGACUUGGACAAUAUCGAAUUGAUGCAUGGAAAUGAGCAUCUUGGAUGCGAGUUCAUUUCUGAGCUUUUUGCUGAGACUCACUUAAGCAAUGGAAAUAACCAGAUGUUCCAUCAUCCUCAUCAUCAUGGAGGUGACUCCAACAAUCUUAACGGGAUCAGUGAUCGGAUUCAACCGUGCGAUGGUGGUGAUGCGAGCUACUUUGGUGGGUUGCCACCUUUGCCAAGCGAAGGGGGUGGCACGUGGUUGAAUGACCCUCACCUUUUAAUGGUGAAUCAUGGGUUUGAGGGCACAGAGCUUAUGCCAGUUCUUGGACCAGAGGCUAAUCCAGAUCUAUUAAUCGGCAACUGGAGGGAAUUUGAUGUGUCUGUACAGGAUGCAACUUUCUCCAAGAAAUGA